AUGCCUGACUACAAUGCCGAUGCCAUGGAACCCUUCCGUGUCAAUGAGGGAAUAAGACUGCUCCUCCAAGAUCUGAGCGAUGACGAGCUACGUUCCUUUGCAGAAUCCCAAGCGGACCCCGAAAGCGAUGAGCAAGUCGAACUCUAUAUUUACGCCUCCUUCCUGUUCUUCACGAAGACUCGAGCCAAAGAGUUUCUGGAACAAGCGAUUCAGCAAGCACAAAGAUGGAUUGCCGUCGUCGACCGAAACCAUCCGGAUCUCCAUCGGCGCUCCCACAUGCUCGAUAACAUGGUGACAGUGAUGACCCAACUCAGCCCCGGUGCAGGAGAUGGCAUAUACGACGACGACAUACGGUUACGGAUCAUGCUUCUACGCAACCGAGCGGUACACUUGUCAAAAACAUUCGAGCGAUUCGGUGAUUUGAAAGAUAUAGACAAGGCCAUCAAAACCAUGGAGUUGGCAGGAGAGAUGGCACGAGAUAGCCAAAUUCAGUGGGCUCGUGUGUUAAGCAACCUGGCUCUAAUGCUCGGCUUAAGAUGCGACCGGACCGGCUCAAUGGACGACCUCAAUCGAGCUGUCUAUCUCGCCGACAAAGCAGUAGAUGCCGCGUCCGAACACUUACGUGAUCGAGCUGCUAUCCUUAACAACCUUGCAAACCGCCUUCACGCACGAUUCGAACGGAUCGGCUCCAUGGAUGACCUUAAUCGUGGCAUUGACGUUGCUGGCCAAGCAGUAGAUGCUGCACCUCAAGACCACCCUGACCGGGCUGGUUACUUGAGCAACCUUGCGAACUGUCUAGGCACACGGUUCAAACGCCUCGGGUCCAUGGACGAUCUCAACCGUGCCAUCGAUGUCGCCGGCCAGGCAGUAGAUGCAACACCCGAAAGUCACCCCAAUCGAGUUGCUAUGUUAAACAAUCUCGGAGCCUGGCUCGGCACGCGAUUCGAGCCCAUCGGCUCCAUGGACGACCUAAAUCGUGCAGUCGACCUCGCCGAGCAAACAGUAAACGCCACGCCUCAAGAACACCCUGAUCGAGCUGGUUGGCUGAGCAAUCUCGGAAACUGGCUCGGCAUGCGCUUCGAGCGGACUGACUUCAUGGAUGACCUCAAUCGUGCUGUCCAUGUCACGGGCCAGGCAGUAGAUGUGACACCUCGAGACCAUCCUGAUCGAGCUGGCCGGCUGAGCAACCUUUCAAACAAGCUCCGCACGCGAUUUCAACGCACCGGCUCGAUGGACGACCUCAACCGUGCCGUCGACGUCGCGUGCCAAGCAGUAGACGGUACAUCCAACAACCACCUCGAUCGAGCUCGUAUGUUGAACAACCUUGCAAGCUGCCUUGCCACGCGAUAUGACCGGACUGGCUCCAUGGAUGACCUCAAUCAUGCCGUCGACAUUGCCGGCCAAGCGGUAAAUACGACACCACAAGUCUACCCUGAUCGAGCUGGCCGAUUGAGCAACCUUGCAAAUAGGCUCGGCAGACGAUUCGAACGGACCGGCUCGAUAGAAGACCUCAAUGUUGCCGUCGAUGUCGCUGGCCAAGCCGUUGACGCCACACCCCUAGGUCACUUUGCUCGAGCUGCCCGCUUGAGCAGUCUCGGAAUCUGGCUUUGUUGGCGAUUCAAUCGGACCCGCUCGAUGGAGGACCUCAAUGUUGCCGUCGAUGUCGCCGGCCACGCCGUCGACGCCACGCCUGAAGACCACCCAAUUAUUGGUAUCAUGUUGCACAACCUCGCACAAUUGAUCGGCAGGCGAUUUGAAGAGACCGACUCCAUGGACGACCUGAAUCGUGCCGUCUACGUCGCUGGCCGAGCAGUGGAAACCACGCCUCUGGACCACCCUGAUCGAGCGAGCCGAUUGUGCAAUCUAGGGGACUUCCUCGGCAUGCAAUUCAAUCGGACCGGCUUCCUGUACGAUAUUGAUCACCAACUCUCAACAUGCACGCAGGGUUGGCAGUGCUAUGCAGCCCCACCGCGUGAUCGUAUACGCGCAGCUCAGCAGGCCGCCAAAAUACUCGCUAGUCAAUUGGAUUGGGAAGGUUCAAGUCGGUUUCUCCAAGGAGCCGUCAACCUCCUUCCCACCAUAAGCCCACGAUGGCUGAGGCACACUGACAAGCAGCACAUGCUUGCCGAAUUCGCCGGCUUGGCAUCCGAGGCAGCCAGCGCCGUUCUCAAUGCUCGGAAAGAUGCGGUUGAAGCUCUACGGCUUCUCGAACUCGGUCGUGGCAUCAUUGCCAGCCUGCUGAUGGACAUGCGCGGAGAUAUUUCUGACCUUCGGAAGCAGCACGCCGGUUGGGCAGACAAGUUUACAUCACUUCGCGACGAGCUAGACUCGCCAGCAGACAGGGCCAGCCUUUUCAGCCCUAGUGACGAAUUAACUUCCUGGGAGUUGCGAGCCAAACGGCGCCGUGAGGCAGACAAGGAACUCGGCGAGCUUAUUUCGAGAAUUCGUGCUCAGCCUAGAUUCAAGAACUUUCUCCUUCCGCCGACCGCAGAUGAGCUGAUGGCCGCGGCAAGCUUGGGUUCCGUUAUUGUUAUCAACCUAAGCCCGUACCGCUGCGAUGCGUUCCUGAUUGAGACGAAUAAGAUUCAGCGCCUGCAGGUGGCGAGGCUGCAAGCACCGCACUUCAAUAAGUGUGACGAAUCGCAGAUUGGGAAUCGUCUGCACAUGUCGAGGUCGCUCCGCUGCCAGCGCCGCUACCGGUUUGAGCUUCGUCUUGCCGACGCCUUUUAA